UAUUUUAUUUCCAACGAGACACACAGCUGCAUCGGACUUAAGACAUCGCCUCUCUGCACAUUAAGAAUGGUCACUCAGAUACUCAGCACCAUGGAAACUCAGGUGGCAAAUGGUCCUACAAGCAACAACACAUCCAACGGCCCUUCCCUGAACAGCACAAACUGCUCCAUACCAAUGAUGGCUGGGCCUUCCGAUGACAGCAAGACUAACCUCAUCGUCAACUAUCUACCACAGAACAUGACACAGGAAGAGUUCAAGAGCCUGUUUGGCAGCAUUGGGGAGAUUGAAUCCUGCAAACUCGUUCGUGACAAGAUCACAGGUCAGAGCUUAGGAUACGGUUUCGUAAACUACGUGGAUCCAAAUGACGCCGACAAAGCCAUCAACACUUUAAAUGGACUCAAGCUACAGACUAAAACUAUCAAGGUUUCCUAUGCUCGACCCAGCUCGGCCUCCAUCAGAGAUGCCAACCUGUAUGUCAGUGGACUUCCCAAGACCAUGAGCCAAAAGGAGAUGGAGCAACUCUUCUCCCAAUAUGGCAGAAUCAUCACGUCACGCAUCCUUGUCGAUCAAGUUACAGGGGUUUCCCGAGGAGUUGGCUUUAUACGAUUUGACAAGAGGAUAGAGGCAGAGGAAGCAAUCAAGGGACUGAAUGGCCAGAAACCUCUAGGGGCAACAGAGCCCAUCACAGUGAAGUUUGCCAACAACCCCAGUCAAAAGACCGGCCAGGCUCUGCUGUCGCAACUCUAUCAGUCAAGCAGCCGACGAUACCCUGGUCCAUUGCACCACCAGGCACAGAGAUUCAGGCUGGACAAUUUACUUAAUAUGGCCUACGGCGUAAAGAGCCCUCUCUCUCUGUCCACCAGGUUCUCUCCAAUCACAAUAGAGGGGAUGACAAGCCUGGCAGGAGUGAACCUCUCAGGCCCCACGGGCACUGGCUGGUGCAUCUUCGUGUACAACCUAUCCCCCGAAGCAGAUGAGAGUGUCCUCUGGCAGCUGUUCGGGCCUUUCGGAGCCGUCACCAACGUCAAAGUCAUCCGCGACUUCAACACCAACAAGUGCAAAGGCUUCGGCUUCGUCACCAUGACCAACUACGACGAGGCGGCCAUGGCCAUCGCCAGCCUGAAUGGCUACCGCCUCGGCGACCGAGUCCUCCAGGUGUCCUUCAAGACGAGCAAGACACACAAGUCGUGA